AUGGUCCAGGUGGAAGAGAAUCAAACCAGCAGCAGCCAUGAUGGUUCCCCGCCUCUUCAUCCAGCAGCAGCCUCGACGCCGCCGCCGCCAGCAGCAGCAGCACCACCACAAGAUCAGGCCAACAACAACAAGCCGUCCGCGUCGGCAGUCCUCGCCCAGUGCCUCAAGCUCCUGAAGGGCCAGUCCGAUGAGCACAAGUUCGCGGGGCUAGUGAUGGUGACCAAGCACGUCCCGGCUCUCACUGCGUCUGAGAGCGUACGAACUGUCAGCAGCGGUUCUCCUUCCGCUUCCGCCGGUGGCGGCGAACUCCGACAGAUUUGCAACGCUGUCGGCCCGGCCUUUCUGCACCGAUUGCUGAGGACCCCAGGAGAUAAGAGCAGCGGCGGCGGCAGCGGUGGCGAUCGUGGUGGAGCUGCUGUCGGUGGGCUUUCGGUGUACCAGCAGAUCGCGCUCGGCGUGCUGGCGGCCCUCUUCCAGGACGAGAGCCUGGUCCCGAAGUUUGUUCCCAUCGCCCCGGCCCUCGUGCGCGCUCUCCGCGCAGCCGACGCGGCGACGCAGACGCAGGGGCUCUGCGACGCUCUCUACUGCACCCAGGCCAUCGCCGGCGUGCCCGUCGGCAUGGAGCGGCUGCUGAGGGCCGGCGCUGCGCCGGCCGUCGCGAGCCGCCUCUCGGUUGCAAGCGGAGAACGGGCGGCAAGGCCGAACGAGGAGAAGGAUCCCGGUGGCGACCAAAGCGGUGGUAGUGGCGCCGGCGUGGAAGAAAGCAAAGCGGGAGGGCCACCGCCCCCACCACCGGGAGAAGAUAGGCAAGCCGCCGCCGACGCGACGCCGUCGGCGGGAUCUCGUUCGUCGUCGGCGGCGGGGCUCGGAGGCGGGGGCGGCGGCGGCGGCGGCGGCGGCGACCCAAAGGACGAUGGACGAGGGGGUCCAGCGGACGGGGACACCCCGGCGGCGGCGGCGGAGAGGUCGGAGGGCCUAGCGCUCGCCUUCGUGGGGCGCGCGCUCGAGGCCUCAGGCGGCGGCUGCCUGGGCUCCCGCGAGCUCACGGCCGUCGCGGAGGCGUUUCGAGACGACCCGACCCCAGCCAAGUUCGGCUUCUUGGACCUCUUGCUGCGGUGGGCGUCUCUGCGAGAAGACGAAGAGUCGGCGCCUUUUCCAGCAGGGGGCGACGGCGGGGUCGGGGCGUGGACUCGGGAUGGGCCGUUCCCCGCCGCCCUUCGGGAAGGGCUGCUGCAGGCGCUCCACGGAGCGGCGGAGGACGACCGCCGGGACUCGGCUCUCGCGCUGCUCGCGUCGCUGCUGCGCGCCGUGGGACAGGAGUGGGCUGUGGAGGAGGAUGUAGAGGAAGCCGACAACGACGACGAUGGUGGGGGGAAAGCCGGUGCGGAUGAGCAACAAAGAAGCAGCAACGGGGUUAAGAAGAAGAAGAUGAAGAAGAACAGAGUAGCGAAGAGAAAACGAGGGACGUUCGUAGCGUUCGCCGUCAGGUGCGCCGCGGGCGAGGUUCGCAUCCUGCUGGACGAGGCGCUGUCCCUGUUCGUACCGGCAGCGGCGAGAGGGGGGGCGAGGGCGUCGGAUGGAGACGAGGAGGCCGGCCCCGGUACCGGACAGAAAGCGAGAGGCGCCAUGGGUCCGGCGGGGGCAGACCCUUCGAUAGGAAUCGCGGCCGAGAUAACCGCUGCGAAAGCUGCUGCUGCCGGAGCGGGUGGAAAGCAGGGGGAAGGACAGCGGCUGUCACCAGCACCGCGAUCUCCCCUUCCCGCGUCGCAGCUCAAGGCAAUUAAGGAGCAGCGUGCGGCAAGACUGCUGCGCAUGGUUCCCGUCGGUCUCGGGGUCGCCGAAUCGACCAUUGCUUUUCUUUGUGGAGGGGGGGGUGGGGAGGAGGAGGGGAAGGAGGGAGGCGGAAAAAGCAGCAAGAAUCGCUGGGAGGAGCUACCCAUCGACACGCUGCAAGACCUGCAGAAGACUCUGGUGGGCCUCUUCGGUUGCGUGCUGGACUUCUUGUCGGAGAUCCGACGCUGGGUCCUCGCCGUGUCUCAUUCGACCGGCGGCGACGCCGACGGCGGCUCAGCCUCGGCGGGGCCGUCCAUCGUCGACCUGUGGGCUCUGCACAGGCUCGGGCUGGAGUGCUCGCGGGUCCUCGGCGUGUGGGUGGCGGAGGACCCGGAGUCGCUGCCGCAGAGGUUCCUGGAGGCGUUGCCGGUGCUGCUGGCGCUCAAGGCCGGCGAGGAGGCCCCUGAUUCGGACGAUGAGGAGAGCGACGACGAUGACAACGACGACGACGCAUCGGCAACCGUGACGCCAACGCUGGCGGCCUUCCCGGGAGCCGCCCGAUACCUGGCCGGCGGCGCUCGGGCGGGCCACGCCGCGUCGGCGUCGUCCGCUACGCGGCCGGACGAGGCCCUCCACAACAUCCUGCGCGCGAUGCUGGCGCUCUCGUACGAGCCGACCCCUCUAGCGGCCAUGGUGGAAGAGGGCGUGGCGGCCCGCCUCGCCCGCCUUGCCGCCUCGGGGCCGCCCGCGAUCGCCGCGCUGCUGCUGCUCGGCAGGACCAGCGGCAGCGGUGGCGGCGGUCUGCCGACUUCGCCGCCGGAGCAAGUAUCGGAGGCGGUGCGGUCGCCGCUCGUGAGCGCGUGCGGCCUGCUGACGAACAUCCUUACCUCUGCGGGCCACCUGGCGUGGCCGGAGGAUCGGCCGGCGGCGGCCAGCGGCGGCGGCGGCGGCGCGGCGCGGAGACGAGGCGCCGGGAGCCACCAGCCGCGGGGGGCGCCGAGCCACGCCGUCCUCGGGCACCCGGGCAUGGGGCAGUGCCUGGCGUCGCUCGCCGAGGUGGCGGGCGCCGCCGGUGCCGCCCGGCGCGCCGGGGGCGGGGCUCGCUGGCGGUUGCUCGCCGCGCACGCCACCCUCGUCGUGAUGACCGUGGCCCGCGCGGCCACGCCCGGGAACGGCCUGGCGCCGGCGGCCGGCCUGGCCGGCCGGAGGCCGCAGCGGUGGUCGGGAGAGGAGGGCGACGCGCGAGGCAUCGGUGCGCGGGGGUCGUCGCCGUCCGUCUGGGAAGGGAUGGCCCGGGCGGUGGACGAGGCCCUGGGGUCGUUGAGCGCGACCCCUGGUAGGGGGUUGAUCGGUGGCGGGAGGGGAGGAGAGGAGGAGGAGGAGGCAAGCUACGAAGAAGGGUCGAUCUGGCAGUGGUGUCUCGAGUGCGCGAGGGAGAUAGAGGCCGCUCCGGGUGGGGCGGCGGGUAACGCGUACGUGUCGUGCGGGGUGGUGCCGCGGCGGGUGAUCAGGAGCCUCAAGGAGGCCUCUGCUGAUGGCAGGAUUUAG